AUGAAAAUGCAGGAUGUAAUGUUUGGUGGAACUGAGACUGUUGCAUCAGUGAUCGAAUGGACCCUGGCUGAGCUAAUGAAGUGUCCAGAAUAUCUCAAAAAGGUUGAACAAGAGCUCGUCGAUGUCGUAGGGUUGAACCGUAGAGUUCAAGAAACCGACCUGGAAAACCUAACCUACCUCAAAUGUGCAGUCAAGGAAACCCUCCGGCGUGACCCCUCUGCAUGGGACGAGCCUGAAAAGUUCAAACCCUCAAGGUUUCUGGAAGAUCGCUCUCCAGAUUUUAAAGGGAGUGACUUCGAGUUCAUCCCAUUCGGCUCCGGCCGGAGGUCGUGCCCCGGGAUGGCCCUCGGGCUUUAUGGGUUGGAGAUGGCUGUGGUUCAUCUGCUUCACUGUUUUAAGUGGGACUUGCCGAAUGGAAUGAAGGUUAGUGAGCUUGACAUGAACGGUGUGUUUGGAUUGACUGCACCAGAGCUGUUCAGCUUGUUGCUGUGCCGAACUAAGGUUGAACUGCCCGCUUUGAAGUUUAUUACAAGUGACGAGAUAUAUGAUUGCUUGGGGAGUAGUACGUGUUGUUUGCUGUUUCUAUUUUACUUGUUAUCUGGCUCUACUAAAUACUAA